AUCAUGGCGGCUAAUUCGCCAUCAUGAAGGCGGUGUAUGGUCUACCCCACCACAUAGCAUCAAGAAUCUGUCCUCUCAUUUCGUUCACCUCCCAACUCACCCAACCAUUUUUUUUUUACUUUCUCACUCCUUUCGUCUUAAUCUAUUGCUCAGCACCGCGGAUUAAAGCCCCUGGCCAAGCAGUCUCCCCGCCCAAGUUUCCUCUUAUCCCCCGACCCGGCCUGCGAAUUCAUCCGUGUGCUGAAGAAACUAGAAAGCACAUGCGUCUGCACUCUGCACACCAGCAGCUUCUGCAGGUAGAUGCAGUGAGUAGAAGAGCGGUAGCAGCAGCAGCAGCAGCUGGCGAGCUCACUUUGCACGUGCUCCUGAAUCAGCAGGCCCCUGCAGGCUACUAGUAAGCACUGACCUUGUUGCGAGGCAGAGCUCAGAGCUGAGCAAGCUUCGCUCGGAGUGGUCAGGCGCUGGGCCUGGGCGAGCUCGAGGCGAGGGGGCGAGGCUCAUGGAAGGUCUGAGGCCAGUCCAUUGGCUGGCGUCUCUCCUCGCCGUCCUCCUCUUCUGCCAUGCUGCAGGCAGGGGAAGCGAGCAGAGACCGGAGCACGCCGAGCUGGGGCGCGCCGGGGACACGCCGGAGCGGGACGUGACCUCGCCUCUGGCCACCGUCCCCGUGGUGACCCCCACGGUCACGACGCCCACGGCGAUGCCCACCGCGACGCCGGCGACGCAGACGCCGUCGCUGGCCGGCGGCGGCGGCGGGAGCUGGUGCGUGGCGAGCCCCAGCGCGAGCGCGACGGCGCUGCAGGUGGCGCUGGACUACGCGUGCGGGCAGGGCGGCGCGGACUGCUCCCCGAUCCAGCAGGGCGGGAGCUGCUUCAACCCGGACACCGUCCGCGACCACGCCUCCUACGCCUUCAACAGCUACUACCAGAAGAACCCCGUCCAGACCAGCUGCGACUUCGCCGGCACCGCCGUCCUCACCAGCACCAACCCAAGUAGUUCGGCGUGUCAGUAUCCAGCAACGAGCACCGGUGCUCCUGUCCUCAACACGUCGACGCCGCUGACGCCAACUUACGGGUCUCCUCCAGGCGGGUACGGGAGCUCCCCACCCACCGGAUACGGCAACUCCCCGCCGCUCUACGGGUCCAUGUCGCCGCCGGACUACGGCGACAACAUCAGCGCCAGCAAGAAGAAGACGAUCCUGUCGCCGGCGACGAGCCUCCUGAUCGCCACACUGGCGCUGGCCGGCUGAACCGCCACACGCAGCAGCCCAAUCCGCCGCGUCGCCGUUGUGCUGUGCCCUGCAGGACGUUUAGUUGCGGUACGUCCACGUGUCAAAGGUGCGACGUCUUCAAGGCUGAAGGUGAGGUGGGGAUCAGAUCACCAUGACUUGAUGCGGCAGAGAGGAUGCAGAGGCGAUGUUCAGGUAAUCUGCCGGAUCGGAAGUGCAGAUCAGUGACCCCGAGCAGGUUGGCAGUGGUGUUUCCCUUGUCAGUACUCACAUGUGUACAGAAGACAGACUAACAGAUAGUGUAACACCCGGAUAUUCCGGCCAUUGGCCCGGAUACUCCGGGCGUGGAGUUUCUAUUUCUAUAAUUUGGUCAUCUGGACCCCACAAUUAUUUAAAUAGAAAAUAUCACUAUCUCUCUCCCUCA